ACCACUCAGAGCUAACCGACCAGAAACUAGCGUUAGCUUCAAACAUACCAGCACAGCCUCAAUAAGCAGCUGCCGUUAACAGGCUAGCACAGUGGGCUAACGUUCAGGGGAGCCAUCCUCACUGUCAGCUGCUUACACAUGAGGUGACGUUGCUAACGCAGAAUAAGUAGCUUUUAAAUCAAUUACUGGAUAAGUUAUCCUUUGUCUCGUUAGUAGCAGCUAAUGGCAGCCUAGGGCGUCAACGUAGUGAAAUGAGCAUCAUAAACCAGCUUCAUAAAGGGACUUGUUAAGCUCCGUUCUGCCACAGCCAUUCAUCCAUCCAUUAUCCAACACCCUUCUCCAUUGUGGGGUUGUGAAGGGUGCUGAUGCCUGUCUCCAGCUUUCAACGGAGGAGAGGCAGGGUACACGCUGAACAGGUCGCCAGUCCAUCACUUCUUUAAUUGCCUAGUCUAAUUAUCUUAUUAUCUUAAAAUCAAGUUCCAAGGUGCUAAUUUCUGUUUAUUUAUAUGCCAUUUCUAUUACAAUCUGCAGCGUUUAGCCCUUACGGAAGUGUAUUAUCGUUAUCUUGCUCAAUAAAAUGCCUGCAUUACUUUAACAGAUCUGUAUAUCUAUUAUUUGCUUUGUCUGUAGAGUGUUAGCAGUGGUGGAAUUUUAAUGAAGCAUCUCUCAGAAGACAAUUUGUCUCCUAACUACACUCAGCUGCUGAUAUCCUGUUGUACAACUAAUUCAUGGCACUAAAUUAAGAAUGAAUGCUAAGACUUUAUUUGCUUGUGUAUCUAACUCCAUGUUAAUGCACACAUAGGCACCCUGUUUCUAUCUGGUUUAUAGGCUCCUCUUCACAUUCUGGACUUCUUGGCUCAACUGUAUACAGUAGGGAAUGUUACUGGAAACCACAUUGUAAACCUGAUCACAUUUACACAGGAACAGCCUCAGGAUAUCUGAGAAACAACCCACAUCCCACUCAAGUCUGUUUUUAGACUGUGCUAGCCUGAGUAUUAAAUAUCUGAAUGGUUCUUAUUUACAUAGCUUUUAAAAUAAGCAGUUUUUCCCCAGGGUAACUUUGGAAUGGAAGUUGCCAAAGGGAUGCUCCACACUGUUCUGCAGUCUUUCCUCGGAAAUAUCUCACAUCUGACUGGGAGAUACACAUGACAUAAUGACAACAAAAUAACAAGAUGAAAAGCUUGCACCUCUGCACAACAGGCUUCACAAACAGGCAACUCUUCCUACUGACUCUGAAAUGACAGCCAAUUACUGGCUGCCAAAGUGAAAACCUGAACUUUUGGCAAAAUAUAUUCCAGAACAGCAGCACAUAUUAUAGAGUUAUCUGCCAUGGUUCUUAAUAGUUAUUCAAAGACAUGUCCACAUUCAGUAGACAACCUAUGACACGUUUAACGGAAAGAGAGUCACCUAUCCUGCAUUUGUUACCCGAUGAAGGCUAGCACUGCAAGUAGUUUAACAAGUUAAUUGUAAAAGGUUGGUUUUCUUAUAUUUGUUUUUUUUUUUUCUUGAAUUUGGUCACAAAGCUGUGUGAGUUGCUUUAAGUGAAAACAUGUUCAGAAAAUCAGGAAACAUUAAAUAAACUCACUGCAGUUUUGCAAUAUCUCCAAUCACCAGAUUGGCUGUUAAGUUGGCUCAGACCUUUCUGAACCUUACUAGUAAAUUGGUUAUUUCUGUGAAUUUUAUAAAGUGAUUCUUUAUGUUAACUGAAUGGAACAGAAUGAAUACUGCUUUAACAUUUUGACAUUUGUUACAUUCCAGCCUCAAUUGGGAUUGAUUUUCUUGGUGAGACCAGCAGAAAGUAGUACAUAUCUGUGAAGUGGAAGAUAUGAAAAAUAUUCUUUUCCAAAUGUAUAAAGCUGUCAAAGAUAUGCUCCAACUCUUAGCACCAGAUGAAGUGAGAGAAAGUUUUACAACAUAUCAAGUUAAAGGAUUUUUAGGUCACAACAGCUUUAAAUAUUUUUGGCAAGAAUGCAACAGGAGAAAACCACCCGCCCUUCAUCAGCUUUAGGAAGAUUGGAAAGCAUACAUAUGACGAGCAUCUUCUCUGAACUGGGGAGUACAAAGCAGAGGAUCAGGAUAAGGGAAACACCAGCAUGGCUGGAGCGAGAGCUGCUGAAACAGAACAAUAGAAGACACUCAAUGGAAGAAUCUAAAAUCAGGAGACAACUGCAGCACUGUGCAUUUUCAACACAUCACUUUGAGAUCAAUGAAAAGAUAUCGUUAGAUGAACUUCAGGAACUGAAAUUAUCCUUUGAGGAAUCUGAUGUGAGUGGGGCAGGGUACACUGAUGCAAAGAAUUUUGGACAUAUACUGAAAAAGUGCUUGGAUGUUUCUGACAUGAGCAAUGAAGAGAUAUAUAGUUUGUUCAAAAAGAUUGAUUACUCUGAUCAAGGAAGGAUUUCAUGGAUGGAGUUCUCCACCUAUCUGCUCCAGCAGUACAAAGCAAAGAUGGAAACUGUGAGGCGCAGGAAGAAGGUCGCCUUUCAUUUGCCAGCCAUCAUGAGCGAUGGCGGACAUGGCGUUCCUGUAGUCAACAUCCACUCCACCCACGAUGGCGGCGUGUUAACAAUGAGAGAAGAUGGAUUCAUUUGUCAGUGGAGUCCUGACCUUAAACCUCAGAGGACCAAGCACAUGUUUAGUCAGGGAUCUGGCAAAAGAAGUUCAAAGUGGAUAACCGAUUUCACUAUGAUGUCAGAAUACAACAACCUGAUGAUCGGAACAGGGGACAGAGAGAUUCAGUUUUAUGAACUUUCCACUUUAGAGCCUUACUGCCAGAUCAGCGGCCUGGAAACUAUACCUUUAACUUUAAGCUACAGCUACAUUGGCUCUGAUAAAUGUUGUUUUCUAUAUGGAGACAUGGAGGGAUGUGUUACCAUCAUUUUGCUGUUCCCUGCUGAGGACACCCUCAGGUUGUGGAACAGAUUACCAAAGGCUGAAAAUGUGCCUAAUAUUGCUAUUAAAAAUGCUGUGCUUUCCAAAAACGUGACAUUUGUCAGAUGGAAGGUUCAUCAUGACUGGGUGACACAGGUAAAAUAUUUUCACAAUUUUCAAGCUGUUGUCUCGUCAUCAAAUGAAGAUGCCUCUUCUCUUGUUUUAGGCUGUAUGCUGCCUUCAACAGAUUCUGCACAGCAGCUUAGGGAGAUCAGAGAGGCGUGCUACGAGGGUAAAAACAGGAAGAUCCAACUAAGCUGGACUCCACAUGUCCGUGCAUCCGGGGAUCAGACCAUUUUUUCUAUCUACAAAGGUGUGAAGGCUUUUGACCUUUGUCAGAAACACAGUUUGCUGGUGACCGGCGGCAUGGACAGACUCAUACGCCUGUGGAACCCAUAUUUCUCAGAAAAACCCACUGGUAUUUUAAAAGGCCACUCUGCUCCCAUUUUCUCCCUCUUCAUCUCAUCAGAGGAUGGUCGGAUCUUUUCCAUCUCCAGGGACAACACUGUGAAGAUUUGGCACAUUGAAGAUCAGUGUUGCCUGUUCGCAGCCGACCCCACAGCCAGCGGGAUUCAUGGCGAUGUAUCUGCAUGCUCCUAUUCCCCUGCCAUGAGAUCUCUGUACAUCGCAGCAGACGGCAUAGCUGUUCUCCCCUUGAUGUUGAGGCCAAAACCUCACAGUGGCAUCUCUGUUUCUCACGAUGAGGCUGUAAUGUGCUGUGGCUACAGCGAGGAGUUCCGGCAGGUUGUGAGCUGCAGCGAGGAGGCUGUGGUGAAAGUCUGGGAUUUUGAUACUGGGCGUCAAGUUUUUGAGUUUACUGCAACACCAGACCUGACCAGCAUCACCUGCAUGACAUUUGACAUUAAGGGAAGAAGACUCAUCACAGGAGGAAGUAAUGGAUACAUAAAGGUAUGGAACUUCAACAGUGGCCACUGUAUAAAGACAUUAAAGAAAGAGGGUAAAUGCCAUCAGGUGUGUGGCUGCACCUUUCUUAAAGUACAAGGAAAUUCAUAUGUGAUUGCUGUCGGAAGAGACCGGAGGAUUGACAUUUACUCCGAUUCUCCUGAGGAGCUUUAUCAUGUCCAGAGACCACAGUCUUCAUGGAAAGACGAUUUGCAAAAUGGCCAUACAGAGGACAUCCUUUGUGUGGUGCAGUGUCCUCCCUCUCUUCUGGCCACCGGCAGCUACAAUGGAGAGAUCAUAGUUUGGAACACAGAUUCUGGGUCUAUAAGCUGUCGGUUUGUUGGACCUCUUUCAGCUGAAGAUCACAACACUAAAGGACUGGACACAAGUGUUCCAAGCAUGGUUUUUAUCAGAAACUUAAGACUGAUGCAGCUGUCUCCAACUACUGCUCUCCUGACAUCUGGAGUCAGAGGGUGGGUAAAUCUCUGGGAUGUGCUCAAUGGAUGGAAGCUUGUGAGCAGCUUCAAAGUUUCGAAAUAUCAACAAAAAAUAACAAAACUGUACAUCACGGAUGAAAAGACACUGCUGUACGCUGCUGACAGGAUGGGUUACAUCUAUAUUUACAACAUGGAGACGUUUGACCCAGAGCAAAGGUCACCCAGAGCUGAACAUUGCUGGCGUGCCCACACCAGCUCAAUUACCAGCUUACAGAUUGUCACCAGUGAUCAAGUGGUGCUUACCUCAUCCACUGACCACACUGUGAGGCUCUGGAGUGCAUCAGGAGAAUUCAUCGGGACAUUUGGCCAGCCUGAGAUGUGGAGCGUCCAGAUUCCCUCAUCCUGGAUUCAUCCAGGUGUCCCCUAUGAGGUUCUGAUUGAUCCUCUCAGUAUGCCACAUCAUGAUAUUCUGAAGAGAAAGUCUCAUCUCUCCGAAGCCAUCAGUUCUGACGUGACUCCGACUGAUAGAGGAGAACUAAAGACUGUGUGAAGAAAUUGACUGGAAUACCAACAUACCAUCAAACAACUUUACCCUGAAUGGCUUCUGGACCUUGGAGCAACUGAAUACCUGUGAACCACCCAGACUCUCUCUCUGGUAUUGAUCCAUUUAUCAGCCUCAUGAGGGAACUGUAAUUAGCUGACUGAGAUGAAAACAUAUAUCAACAUAUAACAUUAUAUCAAAACUAAGAAAGUGGGUCAGUUGCAAUGUUAUGAAUCAACAUAUGUUUUGUUGUUUAACACAUCUCGGAUGUGGUGGAAUAAAGCUGUGAGUGGAUAAACCAAAA